AUGGCCCUUAUGUUUGCGUCAUCUACAUUCGCUAUCAAAUUAAUGGAACCCAUUACCAGUGUCUGUGUACAAAGACUCUUACUAGCUACUCCGUUACAUCCAUCGAUAUUUGUUAGUCUUCCAUUAAUAGUAGGUGGAGCAUGUAUGUUUACUGGAAACCCACUGGCCGAUACAUCUUUGUCUAAAGGCACCCUCAUGGCUUUUCUGUCCAACGUCAUCCUGGCAGUCAGAAACGCAGCCAUCAAAAAGGACCAACACAAUUCGUCCAGAAUGAAUUUACGUCCUUCUUCAACUAUAGCAAUGGUGAUCAUUUGUCAUCUGGUUUUCACAACAGUUCUUUAUCUUAUUGAAACUCACUACGGUGCUGAAAACAUUUUAACACGUGCCGUCUUUUUUACAGUAUUGUCAAGUGUUUUUCAUGUGGUGUAUUCUUACAUUUCAUCAAAUAUCGUAUUGAGGUACAUGUCGGUGUUAAGUCAUUCCGUGUGCAACAUUAUGAAAAGAGUAUUAGUGGUUAUAUUAUUGUAUAUAGUCGGUAGUAGACAUGCCUCGUUUUCUAAUUUUCUGGGCUUGAUGGUUAGCACUGUUGGAUUGUUUAUUUAUGUUGGUUUCAAAGUAUCCUUGAAGAUUUCUAAUAAUAGAGAUGUCACAUCCAAAGAGCAAGGUAAACGAGACAGAAUGAGUUGUUGCUUCUCAUUGUUUCUGAGUAUAAUUGGAAUGUAUAGCGAUGUAUUACGAUAUAGGUAUGAUAAUGUUGCAAAGAUGCCCUUGGAAGACUUCGAAUCACGUUCAUUUGGCAGGAAAUCAUUAGACAUAAUGGACACGUCAGACCUGGAACCAGAAUCUUAA